AUGACGAUGAAACGCCGCGACCCCCGGCGAAUCUUCAACACCAACGCUGUCUGCGGCCAACGCCUAUUGUUGCGCGACCAGGACUACCAUCCAUCCAUCCGCUUUGAGGCGGCCAGCCGACUCGCGUCCACCAGCCCAUGCAAUGCAGAACAAGACUACGCUCGCCCGGCAACAAUCAGCAACACGCGCAUCUACCCGUAUCCUAUCAAUAUCGCAGUCCAAAAUGAGGGGUAA